UUUUAUUUGCAGCUAAAGACAUAUUUUUAUGAAUUACCUUGAAAAUCGCAAUUUUUGGUAUAUAUUUGAAUAGAUCCAGCUUUUAACGCGCCAUUCUCUAAACUUGCUCGAAGAAUUUUGCAUCGUUUUUAUCAAUCACUGAUUAUGAAGGUUUUAAUUGUUUUUGCUGCUUUCCUGGUCGCUGUCUAUGCACAAGGGCCUAUCCAGUAUGCUCCCAUACCAUAUUCAUUCAAUUAUUUAGCACAAGGUGAUGAAGGAUCAAGUGGCCACCAAGAAUCUGGAGAUGGUGCAGGAAAUGUUCAAGGAUCGUACACUGUGACAGAUUUAGAUGGAAGGAGCCGAGUGGUUGAAUACGUAGCAGAUGCUGGUGGUUUCCGUGCAGUAGUAAAAACAAAUGAACCUGGAACCGAUAACAGCGCCCCAGCUAAUGUAAUCGUAGAAUCAAGUUCACCAGACGCCAAAGGACCUAUCAUAAGAUACAGUAAUGAAGCAGCUCCAACUCCAGUAAGACCUGCUGUCCGACGACAACCUCAGGGUGUCCGCUAUGUACUUGUUCCAGCCAAUUCUCCAAUGAGUCCGUGGGUCGGAGGAUAUUAAUGUCUUGUAAAAAGAAGUUAUAUAAAUUGAUUUGGUGUAAAUUGUUUAUUCCUUUUUGUUAUGUUAUGUUUAGUGUAAAAUAAAUUGAAAUUCAAUCAUG